AUGGAGAAUGACUUAAUAGAAUAUCAUCACAUUGCGGGACAUCAUUGCAGAUUGGAAAAUUGUAAAGAAAUAUCAUACGAGAAAGAUUUAAAAGAUCAUCACUCACACAAAAUCUGUAAUAAUUGUUACAGGAAUAUACAAAGGAAGGAAGAGAAAAAAUUGGAAUUUCUUCAAAAAAUAGAAAGAGAAAAGAUUAAAAGAAAAAAUUACGAAUAUGAAGCAUUAGAAUUUGCUCAAAGAAUAACAAGAAAACAUGAAAAGAAAAUAAGAAGUUAUUUGAUCAGAAAUAAAAAUAUUUCAAAUAAAACUAUUGAGAAUGCUAGAAUAAGACAUUUUGAGUGGUUAAGUAUAACAGACCCAGAACAGCAAAAGAAAUACAAAUAUCACUGUGAAAGGGAACA